GUGUUUGUUGUUAUUGAUGAAAAUGGAUAUGUGACAUGGUAUAUUGUUAUUGUUUAAUGGAAUAAUAUGCUAAUGAACAAAUGAACCUGAAUAUUCGUUUAACAGCCUACAUUCAAGAGAUUGAUGCAAUAAGAAGGUGUUUAUUUCCAACAGACGAUCACAGAGGUUCCGAUAAUUGGUUGCAUCAUUGUAAAAUCGCAGUAUCUCCUAUAGCCGACCUCUUAGUCCUAGCCAAUGAAAGGAAAGUUGUUGUCCUUACUUCCAAAUGGAAUGCUCAUUCCUCCCUGAACCAAUUUGAAAUCACUCAUUCAGGACCAAUUCAUGAUUAUGACAAAGUCAAAGCUGUGCUUUGCCUACCAAUUAUCGGAUGCAACGGUAACACACAGCUUGGAUCUGAAUGGACAUGCAUCUUGGUGGGAUUUGACUCUGGCCAUGUCAGGUGCUACACUGAGAACUGUGAGCUGCUAUUUGAAGAACGAUUUCAUGCUGAAAAUAUCACCACCAUCAAGUGCCAGUCUCAGCACAGUCCCAAGCCUCACAUUUCACCUGACUUGAGCCCAGAGGAGAUUUAUGUGCAGUACCAAAGCAAUAUUUGUGUUCUUAGUGGCUAUCAGUUAUGUAAUGUGCUAAGAACUUGCAAGUUACAACUUGAAAAUGGUGGGGUAAUUGACCAUUUACAAAGCUCUAUAACACCUAAGAAGUGGGGCUUCCAAGACCAGUCAAUUAUCAAUGACAGUGCUGUUGUUGGGCUGAAUUUAUCUAGCACUUUUGAUCAUUUGCUUACUGCCUCUAUUUGUGGGGGUUUUGAUAGCAAAUAUAGGGCAAUGCCUCCUCACAAUACUCUGGUUUUAGCUGCAGGGUCUAAACCCUUUCUGGGGUACCAUUAUGCCCUUGAAGGGGGGGCACAGCCUGUAUUGAGUGAUGUGGCUAAGGCUGUAGCUAGUAAACUCAAAUCAGCAUUACCGGGAUGGCUCACUGGGAACAAAUCCCAGUCAGAUAAACAAAUGUCGAUAGCUAUGCUGCCAGCUGAAGCCAUGGGGUGCAGAUUUGGUCUAUGCGAUCUGCGGCGUACAGCAACUGAAGUUUUACUGUCUCCUGAUCGAAAAUUAGCAGCUGUUAGUGAUGCUUUAGGGAGAGUUUUACUUGUAGAUUCUGCUAAAGGAAUAGUAUUGAGGAUAUUCAAAGGGUACAGGGAUGCUCAGUGCUCUUUUCUACAAGUCCCAGAGGAGAAAACAUCGAAACAUAGGUUAGGAAAUAAGGUGGCUUUGUUUUUGGUGAUUUACACACCUAAAAAGGGUACUUUGGAAUUUUUUUCGGUGCAGAAAGGUUCCAGAAUAGCUACUUUUUCGGCUUCCAAGCACAGCAGACUGCUUUACAUCAAUUAUGGACUCAUGGGCUUUGCGAACUCGUCGAGAAGCAAGUUCAUUUGUCCGUACACUACUGUCUUGAUAGACAAUGAUGGCCAGAUAAAAGAUUUCACUAUACCCUUCCACUUUGCUUUGGCAGAGAAAAAUAGCAAGAGAUCAAGAGAUAUACAUCUGUACAAAAAGUUGCGUCAUCUUAUCAAAUCUGGGGAAUGUGAAGAAGACAAACUGCUUAGUGAAACUGUCAACACUUGUACUGAAUUAAAAACAAUUGAAAUCAAGUCACAAACCGUUGACAUGUUGCUGACCAAUAAACAUGCUCCACCAAGGGUUACUCUGCAAGCUGUUCAAUACUUUGCUGAUAAUCUUAUAGAUGAAGAAGCUGACCAGUUGAAAGUUAUGUGUGGAAAUGCGAGUAUUUUGCUGAGCCUUUACUUGUUCGUUACUAUUUCGGAAAUAAAUGACAUUGAAAAUGGGAAUGCCGACCAACUUAUGUCCACCUUUACGAAACUGGAGGAGAAAGAAAUGGGGAAUUUACAGAAGCUGUUGGAUUUGAGCAUUUCCAAUGAUUAUGAUAAGCUUCCCGAAGUCCAUGUGUCUUUUUCCGACAACGCUUUAUUUUCCGUAACCGAGUUUCUUUCCAUUUUCGAAAUGUCUAAAGCUGAUAGUAUAUGCAUCAAAGAUAAUAUAGAUGAAUGUGUUCUAUUCAAAUCAUCAGAAAUACUUUUCAAACGCUUUAUCGCUGGAUCUCCUCAUGGUUUUGAAGAAGACUUUCAAGCUAGGCUCACGAGUUCUAAAAUUUCAACUAAAAACUUGUUUGAUUUACUAGUUAAUUAUUGGGUGAGCCGGUCACUUCAUAUCAACCUUAACCUAGAAAAAGAAAUGUUCAACUUAUCAAGGCUCAUCCACACAUUAGCCAAAACUUCUAGCGUAGAUAAAUUAUCCACCGAGUAUAGCGAGAUUUCGAAAUUCUGGAAGGAAAUACGAGACAUUUUGGCAGACUCAGCUCGGCCAUUUCCUGCGCUCAUCGCCGCCAUUUUGUGCAAGAGCGUGGCCCAAACCAUCGAUUCCGAGUCACAAAUGGACGAGUCUUCUACUAGCUUAGAGGACGAUAGUUUGGAAAUCUUGUCCCAGGAGAAUGUGCAGUGGUCCUUGUUGAUUGGGAAACUAGAGGAUAUAUCUUUACUCAACAUUGUUCUUUCUAAGAAACCGGUCGUUGAAGAUUGCCCUCUACCGUUACUUGAACACGAAAAAUUCAGUAUCAGCUUGAAAUACGUUUUACAAAAGGGUAAAGGUUCUGUUACAGAAUUGGUGGCUAAAUGGCUCACGUCUACGGGAAUAAAUCCCCAGAGCAUUAUCCUAAACGACAAAAUUUCUGGGGUGGAUGAAGACACGCUAGACUCGGAAAAAAUGUCACCAGGGGUACUUGGCAACGAGAAAGUGUUUGAACAAUUGAAUUUGUUGAAGCAGCAGUUUCCCUACAGUUUAGAAACUAGUACUCUGCUAGCCAAUAUGGUUUGGGAGUAUGCUUUGGCUUGGCAAAAGGAUAUACAGGAUCUGGGGAAAUUGGAAGCUGCUAUCAGUUGUCUUUGUUAUGUUCAGGAUCUGCACAUUAAGCAAGGUUUGUACCAACUUCUGUGGAACACCCAUCUGAAAAUCGUCAUAGAAAGUGCUUGCAAACUCAUAAACAAAGUGGGAAAACUCCCCAAAGAACGUCUGUGCCGACAAGACACGAGUCUAUCCGAUUACCAAAUAUCUCUCUUCAUCAGAAUCUCCACCGAAUUCCUCGACAAUUUCAUGGAUGUGGUGCAGCAAACCUGUUCCGCCACCAGACCUAACCUCACUUUCGAAAACAUUUGGGAGAACGCAGGAGGGCAAGCGUUGGUAGAACUGGCUGUCCUGCAAAAAGAAGCCAGCUACGAACUGUUGCUUCUUCAUUACCAACUUUGCUUGGUUCUGCAGAUGAUCACCAUAUUUUCCGUGAAGCAUUCCAAGCCAAUCAACAACCUCUUUGAAGGUCACGUGGUCAAUUUGUUCUUCACAGACUUGCAAAGGAAGCCACAGGUGGCAUGCAACAGGUCCGAUCUCAAAUUGAGCUCGUCUAGAAUCGAGUUUUUGUUCAAAAUCAUCACUGCCAGUAUGGAAAGUAUCACUUUGAGCGACUCAGGGGCUAUUCAUUCAGCUGAACAUGUGACCUGGAUGGGGAAAUGUUGUUUGUUGGCUAGGUUUUGGAAUUUGGAGGUGGACAUUUUGAGGAGGUUCCAGAUAAUAAGGCUGUUUGCCAAUGGGUAUGACAGCUUAGGGGAGGAGUUGAUACCUGCGGUGAACGAAGUAGGGGAGCUGGGCAAGUUUUUGUUGAACAUUGCUGCCAAAAGGCUGGCCCAAUUUUUGGCGUUAUCGCCUGCUUUGAGCGAGAAUAUCUCGGCGCUGAGUACCUCAUUGACGAAAUUCAUGGACAAUCUGGAUGAUGAAUGGUGUGAAACGUGUCCUCUGCAACGCAUUACACGUUUAGCUACUCAUUCUUUGCGGUGUCUCGACGAAAAUUCUGGCGAGUAUAAGAUCGCCCAGUUACUUUUAGAAGCAUGUAACACCUUAGAAGAAAUCCGGGCGUGAGAAAUUGUUAACAGUUUUAAACUACUAUUGAAUAAUAAGUCUGUGACUAGAAGAUGGGGAAAAUGAAAAUCCUGUCAAAAGCCAAGUCAAAACAAAGAUAUCUUUAGAUUGAAUGAUUAUCUUAGACGUCUUAGAGAUUCAGAAGAUUCUAAAAUUUAAUGUCAUUAUAUCUACUUCAUUGAUAAUGUUUGGCCUCUAUAAUUUCAUUUCUUGGUCAUGGCUACGAUAUUGAAGGUUGUUUUAGUGAUUUGUUGAAGUUUUAUAUUUACACAAGUUGGUCCUAUAUAUUGUGAUUCAUUAUACAAUAG